AUGGAAUUAAUUGGAUUGAUUACGCGGUGGUAUGGACGCGUGCAGAGCGUCAAGUUGUUGCCCCGGGGCGAGGAGUGCCCCGUGGACGGAGCCUCCGGUGGUUCACUUGGCGAGGGAAGUGAGGGUGGUUCUGGCACGGGCUCCGGGAGCGGAAGUGCUGGUGGUGGCUCGACGAGCAGCGGGGGUGCUUCAGCGACGGUGGCGUUCAUGGAUAUCAAGUCCGCAGCGAAGGCUCACGCGAUUGAGCACACCCUGGACGAACGAGCCCUUACAACCCAGUACUACGAACCUCAACUUAUUCAACACAGGUUUCCCUCACACGGAGACAUAGUGCUGUUAUGUAGUUAUAAAUUCAAAUCCAUGGAUGAUAACUCGGUUGAUUGCUCCAAAAGUGACGAAGAUUGGGAGAGUAAAAAACAAUGGCUUGAAUUUAAUAUUGAACCGCGUUACACAAAUAUUAUUGAUUAUUUUGCUGACUAUAACGUUUUACAAAAAAAUUCCGAGGAUCAUGGAACCAGCGUCGGCGUCAGUGUCGUCGGUAGCGGAGUCUCAGGGAACGCCGUCAACGUCGGCGUCAGCGAGCGAGGCGUCGAGAGAGUUAGCGAGACUUUCGAGUCGCGCGUAUCCCACGGAAAUUUCUACCCGGGGGAGCGAAGUAACCGGGUGGAGCACUCAGUCGACUCAUCGGCGGUUGACCCGGUGGGAAGCUACAUGUCCCGGAGUAGGCCGACCCCUUCUAGCGGGUACCACGUGACGGCGCCCAGGGCGCGGGAACGGUUAUAUCCGCGUACAAGUUCGUACGUCACCGGUCCGCCGCCCUCGUCACACCUAGAUCGCCAUCGGGGUGCUAUGUCCAUGUCUUCCUGGCUCGGCUACGAGUCGGACAUACACGUGAACAUAAACUCACUCUCCACACAACUAGUUGGCCAGCCGUCAAUUAGACCGUCGUGGGACAUACCAUCACGCUCUGCUUUUCUGUCAGGUGGCGGAGUGAAUAGCGGAAGCGGCGUCAGUAUCAGCAGCUGCGGGGGCGGAGGAGUAGUCGGAACCGGCGGCGGAGUCAGCAGCGGCGGCAGUGGUGGCGGCGGAGGGAACAGCGGCAGUUCCAUGAGACAGCACAAAAAGCAGAGAAGAAAAUCGAGAAGCGGCAGCAGCUCUCCAAGCGGGUCAAGUCGUUCUGGUAGCAGCAGCAGUAGCAGGAGUAACAGCUCCGCAGGCAGUACCUCGGGUGACAGUAGUUCCCCCGGGAGUUCUCCUCAUCGUACCGGAAACGCCGCCGUCUCGGACGACAGGAGGCCCUUGGCCAUUUGCGUAAGGAACUUGCCCGCCAGGAGCAGCGAUACCUCACUAAAGGACGGACUCUUUCACGAGUACAAAAAACACGGGAAAGUAACCUGGGUUAAGGUGGUCGGCGCGGCUGGCGACAGGUAUGCGCUGGUCUGCUUCAAGAAGCCCGAGGAUGUCGAAAAGGCCCUUGAAGUUUCACACGACAAGUUGUUCUUCGGAUGUAAAAUAGAGGUCGCGCCUUACCAGGGCUACGACGUCGAGGACAACGAGUUUAGGCCCUACGAGGCUGAGCUAGAUGAGUAUCAUCCCAAGGCGACCAGGACGCUGUUCAUCGGCAACCUGGAGAAAGAUGUUACCCAAACUGAUCUUAGAAAUAAUUUUGAGCAGUUUGGCGAGAUCAUUGAAAUCGAUAUUAAGAAACAGGGAGCCGUGUCGAGUUAUGCAUUCUGUCAGUAUGCAGACAUCAGCAGUGUCGUAAAGGCAAUGAGGUCGAUGGACGGGGAGCAUCUUGGCUCGAAUCGCAUUAAACUCGGGUUUGGUAAAUCCAUGCCGACAACUUGCGUUUGGGUUGACGGUAUUGGCGAGUGCGUCUCGGAAAAGUACCUGAAUAUGCAAUUUCACCAAUUUGGACCUAUUAAUCAAGCGGUAAUUGAUCGUGAGCGAGGCCACGCGCUUGUAUUUUAUGAGCAAAUGAAUUGUGCUCAAGUUGCGGUCAAAGAAAUGAGAGGUGCAUCGCUCAGAGGACGUCGACUGCAAGUUGACUUUGCCUCGAGGGAAUUGCAAGAGUCAUUUUACGAACAUCUUGAGAGACAGGGUGUCACAGGCGAGAAGCCAUGGGAUUCUCGACCGUCACCUGCGGCGACAUUUGAUGUUGCGCGAGAAAGAAGCUUUGAAGCGGCUGUUACAGUGCCUAAUGCAGGAAGCAGGUUUACCAGGUAUGAAACACCUCCACGAGCGAGGACAGCGAGUUACUCUCGUACUCCCGGAGGUGGUAGCACACCUGGAGCGAGUCCAGCUCACCCAACAGCAAUGUCACGGACGAGCAGACGAUCGUAUCAAGCGGAUCCUUACUACGAGGGUGACUACACAGAGCCAACGUCCAGGAGGUUUAGAAGUUACGACGAGUUCAGUCAAGGGAGCGGUGCCAGUCACGACGACUACGAGAGCAGUGUCCUGGGUGACAGUAAACUCAAUGACGACGAUUUACUGCCACCGCCCCGACGUCAUGCUAUCCAAAGUGUGGUAACGAGUGUCGAGCCUCCAGUACCAUCUUCAUUGCUAUUGCCACCGCCGGACAUUCGGCAUCUCCAGAAAGAACGGGUGCAUUUACUCGAGCAGCUCGAGGAGUGUCAUAGCAGCGGCGACGAGGGAUUCGCGCCGAAAAAACGGCCAAAGCUCGACAGUUCGUCGGCGAUUCUCUGCGACGACGAUGAGCCCGAAAUAGCUUCGCUUCUCGUGACGUCUCACUCCGGUAGGAAGGGCAUGGACGUCAGGAGGGUAAGCGACAGCAAAAUUCUCGUUCAUCACAAUACCAGGCGCGGGAGUUGCGAAGGUCGCGGACCCGGGCCUUGCAAAAGGCGACGGGACACUUCCAGUAGGCAUCACGAGCACCACGACAGCUCGAGACCUGGCACGCCUCUCGUUGACGAGCGACCGGAAAAUAUCAUUCCAAGUGAACCGAGGAGUCCAAGUGCGGCGGCCCAACCACCGGCUUCACCGCCUCCCCGACACCCGAGUCCGAGCCCAACGAGUUCAGACAGUGAAACAGCCCCACAGUCGCCUAGUCUCGAAGAGCGAAUACGAUCUCUCGACGAGAAAUACGAAAAGUGGUCCGGUUCACGGGCAUUGAGUGCCGCUGGUGGUGAUGCAUUAGCAAAACUCGACGCGACCGCCUCUGAAAGAUUUAAGUUUCGUCACAAAUUACUGGAUCUUGAUCUCAAUGAAGUACAACCUUCGGACAUUGUUAAGUCAGUAUUGGCUAAAAGAAGUGUCUUUGACGAGGAUUCCAAGAGACUGGAGAAUUUUAGUGAAAAAUAUGAACCACGUGAAUUCACCGGUGUUACUGGAAUACCUUCUUCUUCGCUGAUAAGCACCACAAGUUUAUCAUCAUUAGCUAGCUGUAGUACCAGUAACAGUAGCACUGCUAACAGUAAUAAUAAACCUGGUGUUGUUGGAGCUGUGACUGGAUCUGCGACUGGAGUAUCUUCCGGAAUUGGACCAGCUCUAGGAGUUCAGAGUUCUUGUAACAGCAAAGUUGGUCUGCAGUAUCCAUUCCCUAGUCAUCCGCCGAUGCAACAGUCUGCUGGUGUGUCCUCUUCCAGUAUUGGAAGUAUACCAUCAUCGUCUGUUGUAAUUACCACGGCGACUGCUCCGAUGACAACACCGGUGUCGUCGUCGCUAAAGACUGAUCCAAGAACAGCGGCUCACAAUUGUGUGCAUCCAGUACCGGCGACUCCUAUCACGCCGGGAACUUCGAUAAAAACAGCCAGUCCAGAAUUACCACCGGUCUCGCUGCCCAUUGGAUUGGGCAGCGGUACCGCGGCUGGUAGCUGCUUUGGUACAACAUCUGGGAGUAAUAAUACCGCUCAAACCGCGCGUACGACAAACAUUGGAUCUACCUCGUUGUUAUCUAGUACAACAACAUCAUUAUCGACAUCUAUGUCGUCUAGCUUGUCGUCUGGCCCGGCGUUAACCUCCGCGAAUUUGGCAGUAAUUAGUACAAUAGCAUUAGUGACUACUGCGACGACAACUAUAACGACAUCAUCAGCUAGUGAUAGUCGUAAUUCGACGUUAAUUUCAUCCUCGUCUAGUAAUUCGACGUCGAUAAUCAAUAAUAACAUUAAUAAUUCUAUUUGUUCUUUGCCUAUGACAAUAACCACGGCCUCGGUGACGAUAACAACUACAACCGCGCCUGCGACAACUUUGAUAUUUUCUACAGCAACAACAACAACUGCGGGAACGAUGACAACUACGACGUCGACGUCGACGGUAGAUCCAUCGCGUGUUAAACAACGAAAAGACGGCGGCAGUAGAGAAAGCAGAGACAGCAAAGAAAACAGAGACUCGAGGCACAGUCGGAGUAAAGACGGCUCGAGAAAAGCUAAAAAAGACGACAAUGAUAGUGAGAAAAUUCGUAAUAAAGAACGGGAUGACAAAGAUGAACGAUCCUUGUCGUUAUCGUCAUCCUCUGGUCUUAAUACGGCUGAGUCGACGAGUGAUACUCUCACGGCGACAGACACUCACAAUAAUAGAGACAUUAAAGAGAGCAAAGAGGCUCGUUACGAACGUAAAGAACGGGAGGAACGUGAGAGGCGAGAUAAAGAAGACCGUGAUAAACUGGAGCGAAAGGAACGUGAGGAAAAAGAGAGACGGGAAAAAGAUGAAGAGCGACGGGAGAAGGAGAGACUUGAGAAAGAACGAAGGGAUCGGGAGGAGAGGGAAAGAGAUCGCGAGAGAAAGGAACGGGAGGAAAUUGAAGCUCGGGAAAAAGACAAGCGGGAAAAAGAACGCUUGGAGAAAGAACGGAAAGAGAGGGAGGAGAAGGACAAACAGGAGAGAAGGGACCGGGAGGAACGGGAACGUAAGGAACGUGAGGUGAGAUUAGAACGGGAAAAACAGGAAAAAGAACGCCUCAGGAAGGAACGUGAAGAGUUUGAGAAACGGGAAAAGGAAGAACGGGAGAGAGUCGAGAGGGAACGCAGGAGGGAGGAGAAGGAGAAAAUUGAUCGAGAGAGAAAACGUGAGAGGGAAGAGAGGGAGAGACUGGAGAGGGAGAGGAGGAAAGAAAAGGAAGAACGUGAGAGGGUUGAGAAGGAAAAACGGGAGAAAGAAGAGAAGGAGAAAGUUGAGAAAGUUGAUAAGGUUGAUAAGGUUGAUAAGGUUGAUAAGGUUGAUAAGGUUGAGAAGGAUAAACAUGAGAGGGAAAAACGGGAGAGGAGAGAACGAGAGGAUUUGGAGAAACGGGAGAAGGAGAAGAUUGUGGAACAUGCCAAAAGGCGCGAUCGCGAUGACAAGGAUAAAGAUAAAGAUAGCAAGCGCGAGCGUGAGGAAACAAGACGGCAGCCGGUUGAAAAUCAUCACAUGGGGAACCAGAACCAGGUUCAAGUUUCUUCGCCAGCUCCUGUUUCGCUCAAACGAAGGUGCUCUUCUCAGGAGACUCCUCAGGAUGAUGAAAGUAAUAAGAGGAUGAAAAUUUCUGACCAUCGGCGGGAUAGCAAGGACAGGCCUCGGCAAAAUCGGAGGUCUGAGGAUCGUAAGCACAGAAAUGAUUCACAUAGGACUAGUCGGGAUAGCAGGGAGAAUCGGGACAGCAAAGACUCUUCUACGUCGACCCAGAGCCAGGAGAGUCGUGAGAGCAGAGAACCCUCAUUGCAGUCUCACGGCAGCAAUGAAUUACCUGGUAAAGAUGUUAUUAUAUCUUCAAGCCGAGAAAUUAAGGAGUGUCGAGAAAAUCGUGAGAGUCGCGAUAGUCGUGAGUCGAGGGAAAGCAGAGACAGUCGUGAAAAUAGAGAUAAUAAUCGGGAUAUUGCGACCAGUGGUAGUGGCGGUGGUGGUGGUGGUGGUGGUGGAAGUAAUAGCGGUAACAAAGAUAAACAACGGAGCAAGCGAAAUCGAUUGGAACGAGAGCGAAUGGAGAAGGACCGCAGCCCGCGGGUAUCUCAUGAACUUGACAAGGAGUUUCUUUCGAGGAUCGAACUUGCCAAGCGCGCGGAUAAUAAUGCCAGUCCGCCGAAUCGAGUUGAGAAUAACAACCAAACAAGCGGGUCUCAUCAUCAUCAUCAUCAUCACCAUCACCACCACCACCACCAUAGGGAGUCUCAGCGCGAGCACCAUCACGUCUCGAUAAAUCUGCACAGCGACAAUGAUGAUGGACACUCCUCGAAUCACGAGAUGCAGACACGGCAUCCCUCGCAAACGGACACUGACAGUGACGAGCCGAAGAAGCACUCGAUAUUCGAUAUUGUCGACGACGAGCCUGCUUACAUCAGUAUGUACGACAAAGUAAAAGCCCGGUCGACUAAAAAUAUGCAGAAACUCGAGGAGGAAAAACGUCAGGUCAGAUUAAAAGACAAAUUUUCACAGUUGAAGCAGAGCCGUGCCAGGAGAGAAGAAAAGAAACAAUCUACUUCUUGGGACGGUGAUUCUGUCAGCAGUAAGGCUUUAACUGAAGACGAGGGUACUUCUGAAUCAGACUCAACUCGUGCCAAAUCGCUGUCUCGUAAGGGCUCAAGAUCACGCAUCCACUCGGACACCAGCGAAGAGGACGAGUCCUUCAAUAACAAAGUCCAUAAAAUAAAAACCGAGAGAUUUGUUGAGAGUGACGUUGACCUCGGGUUUGCAGACACUGAGGAGAAACACACACCCACGGAGAGCUCCUCGAUCAACAGCUUGCGUACUGUUAAGCAGGAGCCAAGGUCAUCGGACGAUGAUGAACGCAUCCCUGUGGUAUCUUUUCCUUCAAACCAUCCGGCUGUUAAUAAUCAUCAGCGUGACUCGAGGAAAAAAUCACACAAAAAGAAACAAAAACGACAGAAGCUAUCAAUCUCCAGUGAAGAAGGCAGCAUUAAUAUUAAAAUUGAAUCACCGGACAGUAACGAGCACAAGAGGAAUGAACAAACUUGUAAAAAUAUCAUAUCCACCUCCGACUGUCGUGUUAAUCAUGUUAACGAUUCUACGGCUGUUACAACUGUCGCUUUGUCUUCCUCAGUCGCUCCGGCUUCGGCUGAAGUCUCUGUUACCUCUGAGGAGCGGAUCAGAGCCGAGAAAAAGCAACGGAACAAGAAGGACAAAAGAAGGGAGAGAACCAGCGAGGACAAAGCCAAGACUCGGAGAAAGAGACUAAACCGACAAGAGGCCAGAGACUCUCAGCGCAUGGAGGAUAUUUUUGGCCCCCUGUCAGACGAUGUUGAUGAUGCGCCAACAGCGCCCUUUUUCAAUCGUCUUGGCGGCGGUCUGCCGUCCGAAAAUAACGCCUACGGCUCUGACAGCGACGGCAUGCGUAGUCCUAUUUUGGACGUUGAUAGGGUCAGACGCAAGGCUGAGAAAAAACGUAGACACCAAAUUGAAGAUGAGAACAGCGUUGAUCUUGCGGAAGCUGGUCGAGAGAUUGAAGCUAAUUUACUAGGCCUCCCCGUCUCGCCCAAGCCUGCGGCGGUUUGUAAUGAGAGCAAUGACCAUGACGUCUUCAGGUUCACUGACGAUAAUGACAGUGUGGAGCCCUCGACGCCCACUACUGCCCCCGAGAAGAUCAAGGAGAAGAAGAAGAAGCGGAAGAAGUCCAAAGAGGAGCGCAGCCGGAAGGAUUAUCACCAUCACCACCACCAUCAUCACCACCAUCAUGACAAAGCCGGUGCGCUGCCUUAUCUAGGUGCUGACCCUAGUCCUCCCAGAGCCAGCAGUCCCAUUUCUCGCAAGACAGUCUCACCUCCACCGUUGCCGGUUUCUAGAGACACUAUUCUCAGUCCGAUUCCCAAAACACCACCCACUACGUCCACCCCAGCGACUACUUCAAUCACCACCACUUCUACUGUGUCUCCCUCGGUGGUCACCUCUCCAACAAUCGUCUCGAACAAGUCCGAGAAGAAGAAGGACAAGUUCAUCCCCGGGUUUGGAAUGGACAUUGAUGAGAAAAUCCACGAGAACGCGAUCAAGAGCAUCUCAGAACCCGAGGAGCGUGAAAGCGGAAGACAAUCCGGUGCUGGGAACCACGAACCCGAGCCACCUGCACCAGCUACUCCACCGCCGCAAGUCGAGGACAAGCCCCGCGUGGUUAUUUCGCAAGAAGAAACCGAGGACGCGGUUGCGGCGCUGCUUGAAGAGACAUUCGGCGGGUCUACUGAGGACUUUUCCUACGAAGGCGAUGAAGAAGAACCGGAGGGUGAUGGCGCCAGUGUACCACCGCCUGACGCACCUCAAGAAGACGUCGACGAGAUGCAGCAAGCUGUUGACAGUUUGAACGCCUCCACUGGGGCUGAAACAGACGCUGAUCUUAAACCAGACACGCCUCAGAGCGAGCACGAUCUCCAAAUUGAUACUGAUACUGAAGAGGAUCCUAAUUACGAGUCCUUUGAUCUGACUCAGCCGCCAAAGACUCCGGAUAUUCCGUCGUUUUACAAAUCUCCGGUCAGCAAGCAGUCUGUCAUUACAACGACGGCUGUAGUAGUUACAACAACAACUACCACCACGACGACUCCUGUAGAAAAGACUCCUAAUUGUACAACGCCUUCUCCAGUGGCCGUCAGGUCGCCGAGUCCGCCAGCUUCAGUCAUCUCUCACUCCUGGACCGAAGAGCACAAGCCUCCCAAGCCAACAGAGACUCCAGAAGCAGAAGCUUGCAGCAAGGACAGAGAAAGAGAAAGGGUUCCAGCGGCGACUCCAUCUUCGCCUCCGGGUCAGUACAAGCCGCCAAUGCCCUGCAGUCUGCCGAUAAUCAGCAACGAGGCUCCAAGACUAUCAGCGGCAAGUCCACGGCCGCCUGUAACUUCAUCCCAGCCUCUCUAUCAGAGACUUCCAGUCUCUUUGCAGAGUCAGAUGGUACCUCCACUUCGACAAACUCCUCCUAGAAUGUCAGUCGCUGUGACAACGUCUCCAUCAGUCACAGUCCCUACGACUAUGACAGUCCAGCCGCGUCCUUCCACGGUGAUUCCUUCACAAGCUCCAGCUUUGUCGCCGAACGGACAGUGGUCCAGGAAUAUUCCAAUAAGCUCGCACCUUUCUCACGGAAUUAAGACUCCCUCGAUAACAUCAACAACCUGCAGGAUCCCAGUGAGUGUUCCGAUAACUGCUCCGAUUCAUCGAGACUUGUCUAACCAGCACAUCUACUCAACGGCAGCCAGCCAGCAGCCUGUGAUCCAGCACGCACCGGGAAUGCGAGCACUCGCGCCUAGUUAUCCUCGUAGUGGUCUUCCGCCACUGACGUUGAAUAUUCCACCGCGACCUUACAUGCCAGUGCCCCCGCUGGUAUCGGGAAUUCCACGGGACUCUGGGAAACCGCGAGACUCUAUGGCAUUUGGUGGCAAGUCUGUUAUAGAGACUCUAAUUCCCGGUCAUCUUAACGAGUCGCCGCAGCGACUGGAGGAGCCGAAAUUGUCACCAGCGGUGAUUCCCGAGCCAACUAGCAAGGCCUCCACGUCGCCGAAGGUUCCCUCGCCUAACCAGCCGCCCACUUUUAUUCCCGAGACGGCCAAGAUUGAAAUAUCCGCGAGCACAUCCACGCCAGCGAUCAGCAAACCUGCUGAGAAUAUUUUGUCACCGAGGCAAAAACAAUUGCCGGUUAAUAAUGCUGUUGAGUUGUCAACAGAGUUGUCGAAGAAACCGGAACUGACCAACGUUCAUCUGCUGACCACCCAUCCACCUCACACAUCUGCGCCGAGUCCGGUGAUUGUCGCGCAUGGUCAGCAUCUGGUUCACAAGUCUGUGGUACACUCUUUGAUACCCACCACUGUUACUCCCAACCAACCGCUGAUCAAGACUGUGGUUCCGGUGGUCAGCCAGUUCUCUCAAGCCCACGUCGCUCUUGAUAAACCAGCAGUCACACCUAUAGUUACCAUGGCUGGUCAACAACAGCAGCAACGUCCACCAAUUUCUCAAGGAGUUUUGUUAAUAAAACCACACAUUCCACUUGUCUCAACAGUCUCCCAAUCGAUAACCCGUGUGUCUACGAGUGUCACUUCAAUGGCAACUCCGAUGAUUUCACCGCCUCAACCGAAACCAACCACACCAGAAGCUCCAGCAGAGCGCCAAGAAAGAUUCACAGAUAUCCAGAAAACUAAAACAGAAGCUACUGAUUCAGCGACCGUCCAAAAUAAAUUCUUACCAUCUCCAGAAGUCAAGCAAGAAGAUGUUAAACCUCCGGUUGAACUUGUCAAGGAAGAAAGUAAGCCGGUUGAGGUUGAGGUUAAAGUCGAGAAGGUUGAAAGUGAAACCCUUGCUACUGAAAUUCCUGCUAAGGUUCUACCAGAAAUUGUACCGAAAGAUGAGCCUUUGAUCACUGAACCACCUAAAGAGAUAAAGCAACAACGGGAUGAGGAGGAAGAACCUAAGUGUGAAGAAGACGAGGAAGACACUGCUGAUGAAGCUCGAGAGUCAAACGAUCCUCUGGCUAUCGACGGUGCCCGUGAAGAUCCUGCGGAUAGUAAAGAAGACAGUGAUUAUUGGUCUGCUAAGGAGGUUAAUAUUGAGAGUGUCAUAAAAACUGUCGACGCGCUCUGCGAUGGGGAGGGUAACGAUGAAGUUCAUGAUGAUGAAGACAGCCACAAUGACCAGGAGACCAAUGGCGAGUCCCACGACACCAGCAAGGGCGAAGACUGGCCUGACACUGAAUCUACAGAGGGCGAUAGCAAGAAAGACUUCUCCAACAAUGACGAGCAGGACGAAGGCGUUGAAACUUCCUGCGAAGUGGAACCUCGCUCCCGUCGCGUCAGGUCUAAGACUCGUCGCGGAGGUGGCCGGGGUGGAGUAUCUAAUAGGCGAGUUAACAGAACAGCGGGUUCUGGGAAGCGUGGAGGACGUACUCCGAGGAACAGCAAGCAGGAGAAGAACAAAUUGCCUGCUGAUGUUUACGAAUUCCAUGAUGACAGCGAGGAAGACAACGCGGGUAGACCGCGGCUUAUUUUGACGAUUAAAUCACCUGGACCGACUGCAGCUGCUGGACCCAAUGCUCAACCAGUAGCAGCUGUGAAAGAAGUCGCUGCGGAAGAGUUUGUCUCUCCCGCGACCAACACGCGGAAAUCUAAGCGACUUGCUGAGAAAGACAUCAGCAGGACCACUGUUGAUGACACUAUUGAAGAUGUGGUCCGCGGGUCGACUCCUAACAAAGCUCUGCUUGGUGUCCAGGCCACCCGAAGAAGCACCAGGCACAACAACGGCUCCAAGCCUCUCCAGCCGCAGCUUAUGAUCGUUGAGACCAGAAAAUCAAGAGGCGGGCGGAGAACUUCAAGGAGGACUUCCGAGACCAAUGAAGACAGCGGGGAAGAAAAGAGCAAGGAUCCAAGGCCAGAGGUAGCUAUUACAUCAGCUCCGUCUCCGGUUUCAGUUUCUACUACUACGACAACCACCAGAAGUGAUAGCGAGACCACUGAGACAGCUUCUGUCGCCGUUCCUGAGACUCCGGUCAAAGGUCCUGAGCCGGUUAAACAACUACCCACUGCUCUGGGACAGAAGUCUUCUUUGGAGCCGAUGACUCUGAUCGACCCGGUGACUGGCAUGCUGAUUCCCAUGAGGGAGUCUGAAGAAGGCCAGUACAUUCCAGUCUCUACAGCCUCCGGGCAGAUACAGAAUAUCCCCAGAAGCUUGGUUGAAGCGCGCACGAAUACUGAUAAGGGAGAUAAGUUCCCGCCGACGUUGCAGCCAGCCCAUCCUAGGCCUGUUGAAGAGUCUAAAGCUAAAGUUCCCGAGGCACCGCCUAACCUGGAGCCUGCUGACUUGAGCCAGCCGUGCAAGACCCAGCCUAGUGUCAUCACCAAGUCCCAGGCUUCUGCUCCAGUUCCAGUUUCUACUGCUCAGGUGACUUCCUCGGUGGUCGUCCAGCCGACGAUGACUCCGCCGGUGUCCACGUCUGUGCUGACCAACACGCCGACCAACCUGGUGACCACCAGUCAAUGCAAGCCGACGAGUUUGAAGGCUCACGUGCUGAAUCCCAGCAAACUUGCCAGCACUCCGGUGGCUCAGCAGAUUGUGGUGUCCAAGCCGGUGACUCCAAGUCAGCCCGCGGUGCAGAAUAUCAUCAAGCAGCCGAACCAGGCCAUGUCUGGGUUGAGGUUGCAAAUUCCUGCUGGAAGAGUCUCCUCACCGGGACUGAGUCCGCGUGGCAAGCAGCCGGUUCCUAUCAGCAGUGCUAAUGGCAAACCGGGACAGCCUAUGUCUCCGGUGCUAAAUAGCUCGAAUAUUCCACCGAACCCCAAGCAGCAUCUUCUCCAGGCUGCUAAGCAGCAACAACAGCAGCAAACACCGACGAUAGUGAACAUGCAGCAGAAAAUGAAUAUCAAUGCCCAUCCGAGCAACGUAGCGACUACUCCGGUCCAGAGGAUCCACAACCCCAUUUCCCAGGCUACCAAUCUCAAGGGAAUUAACGGGCAAACUCAUCUGCCAAGCCCGAAAGCUCAUUUACUCCAAGCGGUCGCUCCAAACACGAUAAUGAGCGGUGGAGUCGCCAGUCCGCCUACCCAGCCGCACAUUAUUGGAGCACAGGCGGUUGUUUCAGUGGCUAGUUGCUCGAGAUCUAUUGCAGCGAAACCACAAAUCGCUGGGAUGGAACCACCUAAAGUUGAAGUAUCGAUGUCUGGAUGUAUUAUGGUCCCUAAUGCUAGUCCGAGCCGGGUUUCUGUUCCCUACGAAGCAGCUUUGCAUGGACCUCCAGGCGCAGCUCCAUCACCAGGAGGUCAGUACGGACUCGUUCCACCACACAGAACACAGAGCCCUCCAUUACCUCCGCCUGCUCAUCAUCAUACUAAUGCUUCUCAGGGUGACGUAGUAAAUCAUUACGGUGGACUAUCAAGAGCUGGCGAAUUACCACCACCUUACAUGCUUCCUCUUCCGUACCAGUUCUUGCGUGCUCAACAAGAAGCAGCAUUGACAACACCACGUAUAGCGUAUCACGUACCCGACGCGCGUUCGCCUCAUCUGCCUCUCGAUCCUAAAAUGGAAGCCAGCGGUGAAGAAAGCCACAGCCCGCCAUUAGAGCUGGUACGAGCGACCAGAACUCCUCACGACCGGACAACAGACAGCCCCCAAGUCGCUCAAGUCUAUAUGAUGCACGGUGGUCAACGUUUGCCAGCACCACCUCAGUACAACACCGGGAGUAAUCCUGUUUUUGCUGGUGGACCCACCGGUGCUCGCGGUCCUUAUUAUGAGCCACCACCUGCGCACAUUCGCUCUCAGUAUCCAAUGGCUGCGAGUGAAGCGCCAGAUCGCGCGUUGACGCCAGACCGACACAGAAAGCAUCAAGUAGCCACACCACCUCAUGCUUCGCAAGUUCCACCUCAAGCGGACUCACUUCUUAUGCUUCUUAGGCGGUACCCUGUCAUGUGGCAGGGUCUGCUGGCUUUGAAGAAUGAUCAAGCUGCUGUGCAGAUGCAUUUUACUGACAAUGAACAUUGUAUGCUGUUGGCAUUGCCUUGUGGACGAGAUCAAAUGGAUGUUCUUCAGCAGAGUAAAAAUCUUCAAACUGGUUUUAUAACUUACCUACAACAGAAACAGGCAGCUGGAAUUGUAAAUAUUGCCGCACCGGGUUCACAGCAGCCCGCAUACGUAGUCCACAUCUUUCCAUCAUGCGACUUUGCCAACGAGAGCCUGGCCCGAAUAGCACCAGAUCUGCUGCACCGAGUAGCCGAGAUUGCUCACCUGGUCAUCGUAAUAGCCACAGUUUGA